AUGAUGAUCCCGAUUACCGUGAUACUCCAUUAGUUUCUCAAGUUAUAAAACCUUCGGUUAGGACAGUCACUCCUCCUGAACAACGCAGAAGUUCAGGAGGAAGAGGAGGUUCAUUUAAUAGGAACCAAUAUCAACAACAUUCUGGUUACCAAAGUUAUCAUAAUUCUCAAAAUCAUCAACAUCAACAACAUAGAAAUUAUAAUUAUUCUAAUUAUAAUUCAAAUAGAUAUGGUCAACAAAAACAAUUAUCGCCACGUUCACCACAAGCUCCACUAUCUUAUACAAAAGAAGAGCGGCUUAGAGAAGAUCAUCAUCGAACUCCUACUCAAGAGCAACAAUCUCCUCCACCUUCUGUUCCAGUAUUAUCCUCCUCCUCCUCAUCUUCGAUUGUUUUACCUUCUUUAUCAAGUUUUUCUCAAUUAUCAUUUGUACCAUCAUCUUCUACUACCCUUCCUCCUAUUCAUCAAAUUUCUGAUGGUGAACAAUCUUAUCCUACAAGAGAUCAAAAUAUUGCUUUGCCUCAAAUAAUACAAUUACCUAAACAAAAUGUUGAUUUUAUCUCUUGUAAUAUUCCUUAUGAAGAAAAAAGGAUUAUUGAGGGAUUAAAUAUGGCUGCCGGCCAAGUUAACGAACCCGACUUUAAUCUAUUUUGUGAUUCUAAAAUCGUAUAUAAUCUUCUAGCAAAGAAGAAUAGCAUGGAAGAUAUAUCACAUGAAAAAUUUACUGAAGCAAGACAAAAAUCAAAUCCAUAUGAAAAAGUGGGUAAUUCAAUUUUUAUGAAUAGAGCUGCUGUAAAAUUAGCAUGUUUAGAUUCUUUAGUCGGCCUUACGGGAAUUAAAAGAUAUGAUCCAGUUAAAGAAUCUGUAUUUUUGUUUGCGGAUUUAUGUGGGGGACCAGGAGGAUUUACAGAAUAUUUGUUAUCGCGUAAACAAUCUUGGGGAGAAAAGGUUUUUGGAUGGGGAAUUACUUUAAAAAAUUCGCAGGAUUUUGAUUUUAAUAGGUUUCAUCAUGAAACUAUGCCAGAAAGUCAUUUUAAACCAUGUUAUGGAAUUGACGACACAGGUGAUUUAUAUAAGGAAGAAAAUAUUAGAGAUUUUGCAAAAGUUGUAAAAAAAGAAACUCAAGAAGGUGGCGUAGAUUUAGUGACAGCUGAUGGGGGAUUUGAUGUAAAAGGACAGGAACGAUAUCAAGAAAGUCUUUUAAAACAACUGAUAUUAUGUCAAGUGAUUACAAUGUUUAUGACGCUCCGAAAAAAUGGUGAUUUUGUAUUAAAAGUAUUUGAUAUAUUUACACCAUUUACUGGAGGUAUUGUAUGGAUAUUAUAUCGUCAUUUUGAAAAACUUUGUAUAAUUAAACCAUUAUCAAGUAGACCUGCAAAUUCAGAAAAAUAUAUAAUUUGUCGAAAUCUACGAGAGAAUAAUCCAGCAAUAAUAGAUUAUUUAUUCAAAGUUAACAGGAAAUUUAAUGAAAUAAAAUAUACAACAAUGAAUAAAUCAACUUUAUCUCCAACAACUACAUCAUCAUCAUCACUUAAUCAAUUAUUAACACAAGAUUAUCAACAAAUACCAACGCCGAAGGAAGAUAUAAAUGAAAUUAUUGAUUUUUCAGAAAUCAAUAAAGAUCAAGGAUUUUUGGAAUAUAUUAAACGAAAGAAUAUUGAAAUAGCUAAGGAUCAGAUUGAAGCUAUCAAACAAUUAAUGAAAUUCGUUGAUAAUCCAGAAAUGAAACCACUUAAUCAAGAAGAAUAUAGAAGACUUUGUUUGCAAGAAUGGAGUUUACCAAACGAAGAAUAA